UCUACAAAAGAAUGCCGCACAAGAUGCAAAAUUCGAUAAGAAUUGUCUCGAGAAGAUCUCGAAAUAUGCUGUAAACUGUGAGAAUUUUAUAUAUGACGAUUUUAUAUAUAGCAAUGUCAGAAUUGAGAGUAACGUGUGCACAUAUGGCUCGAUAAUAGAAUUUUGCCAAAAAUCGAUGAAUGUGUUUUCUCAAAUACCGAGUCUAAAGAUUCUGCUGGUCGACACGAGAAACCGAGAAACCGUCUCGUCUGAAAAGCAUAGGCUGAAUGAGCUGAGAAAUAAACAUUUCUUGUUUACCUAUUCUAUUCUAGAUAGCAUGACAGUUGUAUCACAGUCGAUUUGUAAAAGCCUCAAGGACUAUGAAGAGAAAUGUAAAAAUAAUUCUAAAAGUGAUCAGCAACUCCUCCCAUGGCUAUUUUUGAAAUUAAGAAGGCACUGCAUUAUGGGUCAGAAAUUUGUAGCGAUAUUACAUGUAUCGAAUAAGUUAUUGAGUAUAAUUACCACAAUUUUGGAGAAGUACGGAUUAGCAGCAAAGUAUACAGAUGGUGAAAGAGGAAGAUACGCGUAUGUCUUGCUGCCGCUAAAUGCUACAGAUAAAUUCAUCAAAAAUGUCUCAAAGGAAUUAUUAGCACAGCAAUUUGGUGUCACAAUGAUCGAUCUAUGUUGCGACGGAGUAAGAAUUGAAUAACAUAUUAGGAAACAGACAAAGGAAUAAUUAAAUAUAAAUGAUAUAAUCACUGAAGGAACAAAAUCGAUAUAUUGCAUUAACUUUAAUAGCACAUAUAAAUUGUAAAAAUUGGAAGAUACUGUAAAAAUAGAUUAUGUAUUCUCCUCAUAUUCAAAACAUACGCUCUAUUAUGUCAAAAAAAUGUUUCAAAUUUGCUCAAUAUUUUUUUAUCUUAAUAUCUCAAACGGACUAGUAGAUCUAUAGCAUCAGUUAAUAAGGAAAUAUUAAAUUAAUCUGAUUAAAACAUGGAUGUCGUCAAUCAUUUUUUGUCAUCCAUAUUUAUAAAUUAUUAUUUCAGUGAUUAUAAAAAUAUUUAUAUUAUUUGCAUUUCUGUAUAUAGAAAAUAACGAAACAAUCUGAUUAUUGUGGUGUUAACUUUUUAUAACUACUGUCUUCAGCAGCAUUCAA